AUGUCUUCACUUUUUUCAAAAGCGGCGUCAAACCCGCACAUACAACUAGCAGCUACAGCGCUGCUAUCCGGCGCGACAGUAGCAUGUCUCAUUUUUGGCUACCAAGCGUUCGAACGAGAAGAACGAAUUCAUGACCUCAAAAAGUCCAUCCCCGCCCCCAUCGACUCAUCUGGAAACCUCACCUCAUACGGCGGCGCCUCUCCCCCUGUUGACAAGGAGGAUGCCCGCAACCAAGCCCUGGCCCGUCGCGCCCAAGCCGGCGACUUCGACGAAGAACUGAUCCUGGAACAACUCGCCCGCAACCGCGUCUUCCUUAAGGACGACGGCCUCCGCAAGCUGCGCUCCGCCUUCGUCGUCGUCGUGGGCGUCGGCGGCGUCGGCUCCCACUGCACCGCCGCCCUCGCCCGCUCCGGCGUCUCCAAGAUCCGUCUCAUCGACUUCGACCAGGUCACACUCAGCUCCCUCAACCGCCACGCCGUCGCCACCCUCGCGGACGUUGGCAUCCCCAAGGUCCAGUGUCUCUACCGCCGCCUGAUCGCCAUCACCCCGUGGGCCCGCUUCGAGCUCAAGAACCAAAAGUUCGAGAAGGACGUCGCCGCCGAGCUGCUCGCGCCGUGGGCCGAGGACGGCCAGAAGCCCGACUUCGUGGUGGACGCCAUCGACAACAUUGACACAAAGGUUGCCCUGCUCAAGUACUGCCAUGACCACCAGAUUCCUGUUAUUUCCAGCAUGGGCGCCGGGGCCAAGGGUGAUCCUACUCGUAUCAACGUUGCGGACAUCGGCGCCAGCACCGACGACGGUCUCUCGAGGGCUACGCGCAGGAAGCUGAAGCUGCUUGGUGUGACUAGUGGUAUUCCCGUUGUGUACUCCAACGAGGUGGCAGCCGAAGGCAAGGCCGCUCUGCUGCCUCUCUCCGAGGAGGAGUUCAAGAAGGGCACCGUUGGCGAUCUCAGCGUUCUUCCCAGCUUCAGAGUGCGAAUCCUCCCCGUUCUUGGAACCAUGCCCGCCGUUUUUGGAUACAUCGUCGCAAACCACGUUAUUCUCAGCAUCUCAGGAUACCCCCUUGACUACGUCCCAGCGAAGAACCGUGACAAGCUCUACGGCGACAUCGUCGGCUUCGUCCAGGGCUCCGAGACCCGCCUCGUGAAGCACCGAGACGGCGUCGAAGCAUCCAUGGGCAUCCGCGUUCCUGUCUCUCUCGGUGAUGCCGCUUUCUUGACCGAAGAGCUCUGGAAGGGCCGCAGCGCCGUUACCGGUCUCAUCAACAGGCUCGUGCUCGUGCGGUGGAAGAGGCCUGAGGGCAAGACGAAGCUCGUCAUUGGUGAGGGCUCCGAGCAGCAGAAGUGGACCAACAUCCGGUUCCGCGACCUGGUCUGCAUGACGAGGGACGAGGCUCUCCGCCACGAGAAGGAGUAUCUCAACGGCGAGAAGAACCUGGAGGACUUGUACGACGCCGAGGUGGUUGCCAGGGUCGAGGCGAGGCUGCAAGAGGCUGCCGAAGCGGAGAAGGAUAGACUUUAG